AGGCAGUUCUGGAUUUCUGGGCAGUUCAUCAAAAAGAACAAAGUUCCCUCUCAGAUUCUUUCCUCCCCACAGUCCGUAUUGUGAGCUAGUGCUGGGAUCCAGUUGGAGAUAAUCCUGUUUCCCGGGUGUGGCCAAGGGAUAGAGUCCUGGAGCUGGUCAGCUGGGGCAUAAGAGAAGAAGGCUGGCAGUGAGAGGGCAGUGCCUGUGUCCAGAACAGAGCUCGUCAUGCUUUUGUGGCUCUCCUCAUGGCUCCCUGUGAGCCUCCCCACGCUGUGGCUAUGGGCAGUUUCCCUGAUCCUGACCCUGGGCUUGCUGCAACUGACCCGGCUCCUGACUAGAAGACAGAAGCUCUUCCAAGCCCUGAAGAGCUUUCCUGGGCCACCCACCCACUGGCUCUUUGGGCAUGCCAUGGAGAUCAAGAAGGAAGGAGAAUUGGACAAGGUUCUGUCAUGGGCUAACAUUUACCCUUGUGCACACCAGCUGUGGAUGGGAAGUUUUAUUGGUUUUCUGAACAUCUAUGACCCUGACUACGCCAAGGCUGUGUUCAGUCGAGGAGAUCCCAAGGCCUUCGAUGUAUAUGGUUUCUUUUUACCAUGGAUUGGGAAGGGACUAUUGGUUUUGGACGGUCCCAAGUGGUUUCAGCACCGGAAACUGCUCACCCCUGCAUUUCACUCAGAGGUCCUGAAGCCCUAUGUGGACCUGUUUGCUGAGUCCACCAAAGCUAUGCUGAACAAAUGGGACAAGAAGAUUCAGACUGACAAGUGUGUGAACAUCUUCCCAGAUGUGGGUCACAUGACUCUGGACAGUCUUACUAAAUGCAUCUUUGGAAGGAGCAGCAAGACCCAGACACAGAGUGACAUCAGAUACUUUCAGGCCAUCGGGCAGCUCACCUUGUUGAUGCAACAGCGAUUGGCAACCUUCCACUAUCACAAUGACUUGUUCUACUAUUGGCUCACAUUUCAUGGCCGAAAGUUCCUUCAGGCCUGCAAGGUGGCUCAUGACUACACUGACAUGGUGAUUAAGAUCAGAAAAGCUGCUCUGAAGGAGGAAGAGGAGCAGAAAAAGAUUCAAAGGAAGAAACGCCUGGAUUUCCUGGACAUUCUUCUUGGAGUUGGAGAUGAGAACAAGACUAAGUUGUCAGAUGCAGACUUACGGGCUGAGGUGGACACAUUCAUGUUUGAGGGUCAUGACACAACUAGUUCUGCCAUCUCCUGGUUCCUGUACUGCAUAUCCCUCCACCCAGAGCACCAGCAGCGAUGCAGGGAGGAGGUCCAGGAGAUCUUAGGAAAUCGUGACACCAUCCAAUGGGAAGACCUAGGGAAAAUGACCUACCUCACUUUGUGCAUCAAGGAGAGUUUCCGCCUUUAUCCCCCAGUGCCCCAGAUAUACCGCCAGCUCAACAAGCCUGUUACUUUCAUGGAUGGGAAGUCGCUGCCUGAAGGUAGCCUGAUCUCUCUCCACAUUUAUGCGCUCCACAGGAACCCAGCUGUGUGGGACAAGCCCGAGGUGUUUGACCCCCAGCGCUUCUCUCCAGAGAAUUCCUCUACUCGUCACCCUUAUGCAUUCAUGCCCUUCUCAGCUGGACCCAGGAACUGUAUCGGGCAGCAGUUUGCCAUGAUGGAAGUGAAGGCCGUCACAGCCCUCUGCCUCCUUCACUUUGAGUUUUCUCCAGAGCCCUCGAGGCUGCCCAUCAAACGGCUUCAGCUCGUCCUGGGUGCUAAGGACGGCAUCUACCUUAAUUUGAAGAAGCUGAUGUAGGAAGGAGCAGAGUCUGGCUGCUUGUGUGUGGCUGGGAAUGGGAGUGGACAGCGGCGGUGGUGCUGAAUCCCAUUUGCCGAUGGGACCUGAAUGUGGUCUUGGUGCCCCGGGGAACUAGGUCCCAGGAUGUUGAUUUUUGUCUCUACUUGGGCACACACACACACACACAAAAUAUAUAUGUAUCUGCAAGAAAUAUCUUCUAAUAAUAUAAAAAUAUAUCAUCUUCAAGAUUGCAUUAGUUUGCAAGAGCUCUUUAAGGUUUAUAAUUUAAGAUCUUUAUUUUACAGGGAAGGAAAGUGAGGUGCUGAGUUCCCUUGCCUUUCUUCAAAGCCUGGUUUAUGUGCCACCUCCUACAUGAAGCCUGGCCCAAUCUCCUUAACUAUUAGCACUUAUCCUCUCUUAUUUAUAUUGUACGCUAUUGUCUCCACUUAGCAGUUACCUAGUGAAUUUUGUAUUCCCCGAAGAAUGGAAGUCUUUGAAGGCAGGGCCUGAUUCAGUUUUGUCUUUGUACUCCCAAUGCCUUUCACACAAGAGAGAACACCGAUAAGUGUUUUUGAAGUAACUUGGAGAGGGAACAGUAUGAACAAAGGCAGAGAGGUUGGAGAGCAGUGGGUGUUUGCAAGAUGCAGAGUUCAGUUUGGCUGGAGCUUGGAGAACAUGAUCUGUUUAUGUGAGGCUGCUUUUGGGAGAAGGAAUAAUAGUAAUAAAAUAGCUAAAUUUGUAUAUCA